UGCCUGCAUGUGUGGAUGGCAUGGCUGCCGGCAUGUGUGGAUGGCAUGGCUGCCUGCAUGUGUGGAUGGCAUGGCUGUUUAAUCACAUUAAUAAUAUUAUCCGGGGUUGCCCGCAGGUCUCGGACCCUCUAGCGCUGCUGCAGGAGCUGCUGGGGCGUAGCGACGACGUCGUGGAGGCGCGUCUUGUCGCCAGCGCCGGCAGCGGCACACUGGAGGCCGUCUACACCGUCGCCUUAUAUAGGCGCGACCGUAGCUACCUUGCUGCGGGUGCUGGUGAGAGCGUCGAGGUUGCGGUGCAGGAGGCCGCGGCCGUGGCGCUCGACGCGCUCUUCGGGGACACCGCCAGCCGCCCGGCGCUGCCCUUCCGCCGCGCAGCGCCGCGCGUCCGCCACUCGCUGCCCGCCGCCCCAUUGCCGCCCACCACCGCCGCCGCCCCCCUGGCGCCCCUCAGCGACUGGACGCUGGACCGCGCUGACGCCAGACUCGCUAAUGUCGUCCUUUGUGAAUGAUUUCUUCGUGAGGUGGCGUGUAAAUAUAUUAAAUAAAUUGAAUAACUGUC